GUCGAGGUUACACAUUGCAUUCGGCAUUGCAACUGCUCCUAUCAAUUCGCUGCUUUCAAACUCUUCGCAUGUAUCCUUUCGACCCGUGGUGGUACGUCAUCCGUGCUCGCUUAUUUCCUACUUUCUUCCGCAAUGUGCAUGUGUGCCUGCGGGUAUGAGCCUGUAACGCAGCCGCAAUACUGUGAAUGCAAAGAGAAAGAGCAUCGUCGGCGCGAACGCUGCUGGCUCAAUCAACAUGGAAAAAAAGGCAAAAUAAUCUGUAAUCAAUAGGAUAUCGACUUGGCGAAUGAGCCUUCUCUUGCAAAAGUGCAACUGGCGAUUUGGCCUGUCAUCGCUGCGCGUCGUUACAAAGCAGCAGACACCGCUCGCAAAACACACGCGAUUUUGUAGGUUAAAGAGCCAACUCGCGGUAGUUCCUGCACGCUGGGGUACGAAGAAAACAUUUCGCAAGGUGAAACUGCAGGUUGCUUUAGACAUGACGGACCCGAAUAUCGAGAGCGAACUCGCACCUCUGCGUGCGAGCGUCAAGGAGCAGGGAGAUUUAGUCAGAAAACUCAAAGCUGAUGGAGCUCCGGAAUUCGAUGUUAAGAAAGCAGUCGUCGAGCUUAAAUUGCGUAAAAAAUUAUUGGAGGAUAAAGAACUCUCGUUGGUUCCUGAUUCCCAGGUAUUUGAUAAAUCAAGAAUGGAGGAUCUCUUAAAGCGUAGAUUCUUUUUCGAUCAGUCAUUUGCCAUUUAUGGAGGAAUCACUGGUCAAUAUGAUUUUGGCCCAAUGGGCUGUGCCUUUAAAACAAAUCUUUUAAACGCCUGGAGAAGCUUUUUUGUACUCGAAGAACAAAUGUUGGAAGUUGAUUGCUCCAUUUUAACGCCGGAACCCGUUCUAAAGGCCUCUGGUCAUGUCGAGCGAUUUGCCGAUUUAAUGGUAAAAGACAUAAAAAAUGGAGAAUGUUUCAGGCUAGACCAUUUGAUAAAAGGUCAUUUAGAAAAAUUGUGCGCCGAUAAGAAAGUAAACCAAGAAGUUAAAAAGCAAUGCGAAGAUAUAAUAAUAAAAUUGGAUGGCAUGGGUAAGGCAGAAAUGGAUGCUAUACUGAAGAAAUAUGAUAUUAAAUCGCCGAUUACUGGAAACGACUUAACCGAGCCUAUAGAAUUUAAUCUAAUGUUUGGCACGCAAAUUGGACCAACGGGUUUGAUCAAAGGCUUCUUAAGGCCUGAAACUGCUCAAGGAAUUUUCGUUAAUUUUAAACGUUUGCUUGAGUUUAACCAAGAAAAAUUGCCUUUUGCCGCUGCUCAAAUUGGCAACUCGUUCAGAAAUGAAAUUUCUCCGAGAUCUGGCCUUAUUAGAGUAAGAGAAUUCACAAUGGCAGAAAUUGAGCAUUUUUGUGAUCCGAGUGACAAAAGUCAUCCAAAAUUUGAAUCAUUGAAAGAUACUACUUUAUUUCUUUAUUCGGCUUGUAAUCAGAUGGAUGGUAAAAGUGCCGAAUAUAUGCAAAUAGGCAAGGCAGUCGAAAGUGGUCUUGUAGCUAAUGAAACUUUAGGAUACUUUAUGGCUAGAAUUCAGAAGUUUCUUGUAAAAGUCGGUGUAGAUCCUAAGAAGCUGCGAUUUAGACAGCACAUGGGAAAUGAAAUGGCUCAUUACGCAUGUGAUUGUUGGGAUGCGGAAUGUUUGACUUCUUACGGCUGGGUGGAGUGCGUUGGCUGUGCGGACAGAUCAGCAUAUGAUUUAACGCAACAUACGAAAGCGACGGGAGUUAAAUUGGUCGCUGAGAAAAAAUUAUCGCAUCCAAAAACUGUUAACGUAUGUAAAACUGUACCCAAUCGUGCUAGUAUUGGUAAAACUUUCCGCAAAGAAGCCAAACUAAUCAUCGAUGCGCUCGCUGCAUUGGAAGAAAACGAAAUAGACACGUUAGAAAAAAAUUUAAAUGAAAUUGGAGAGUAUGAAUUAAAAAUAUCCAAUGAUACGUAUAAAAUUACAAAAGAUAUGGUAACGGUUGAUCGUAGUCAAAAAACUGUUCACGUUGAAUUCUUUGUUCCUUCGGUAGUUGAACCUUCCUUUGGUAUUGGCAGAAUUAUGUAUGCAGUUUUUGAACAUAAUUUCAAAACAAGAGAUGGCGACGAACAGAGAAGGUAUUUCACUUUGCCGCCAAUUGUAGCACCUUUAAAAUGCUCCAUUCUUCCUCUGAGUGGAAAUGCAGAAUUCAUUCCGUUUAUCAAGCAAUUAUCACAAGGACUCACGAGGGUGGAUGUAUCGCAUAAAGUAGACGACUCGUCCGGUAGUAUAGGUAGACGAUAUUCAAGAACAGAUGAAAUCGCCAUACCUUUUGGUAUUACCAUUGAUUUUGAUACAUUGAAAGUGCCGCAUAGCGUUACUUUAAGAGAGAGAGACAGCAUGAAUCAAGUUAGAAUAAAUAUGGAAGAAUUACCAAAUAUCGUAAGAGAUUUAUCGCUUGGAAAAAUAUUGUGGUCCGAUGUUCAAUCAAAGUAUCCAAAGUUUGAACAGCAAGAAUCCACCGAAGCUUAAUAAAUUUAUAAUAUCACAAUGGUAAUAUGCCUAAUAAGUAUUUAGAGCUUGCAUAAAACAAAUGUACGAUCUAAAUUUUGAGAUUACUCGAGAAUAGUAAUUAUCGAAUGUAAAAAAAUUAAUGAAUCCAUU